CGGGGCGCUGGGGAGGGGGAGGGGGCCAAGCUGUUUUUCCGGAGACUUCCAGCUGGAGGGAGACAAAGCCGGCAGGCUGGCCGAACCAUGGAGCUGCACUCAGGGCUGCUGCUCUGGAAACUCGCACUACUGCAAAGCUCUGCGGUCCUGUGCUCAGGGUCGUCUGCGCCCGGGAUGGCAGGGGGCUCUGUGGUGUCUGAGUCGACGGUGAGCUGGGCAGCAGGCUCGCAGGCCCUGCUGCUGUGCCAGAGCCCACGCAUGGUGUGGACGCAGGACCGGCUGCACGACAGGCAGCGUGUAGUGCACUGGGACUUUGCCAGCCCUUCGCACGGUUCCCCGCGCCGGCUGCUCGACAUGUACUCAGCGGGCGAGCAGCGUGUGUAUGAAGCGCGAGACCACGGCCGCCUGCUGCUGCCACCCUCCGCCUUCCAUGACGGCAACUUCUCACUGCUCAUCCAGGAGGUGGAAGAGGCGGACGAGGGGCUGUACACCUGCAACCUGCACCACCACUACUGUCACCUGUACCAGAGCCUGGCCGUGCGCCUCCGCGUCACUGAUGACCCCCUGGCAGUCGGCGCGCACUGGGACGGCGAGAAGGAAGUGCUGGUGGCUGCGCUUGGCGCGCCGGCGCUGCUGACCUGCCUGAACCGCGAGCACGUGUGGACCGACCGGCAUCUGGAAGAGGCGCAGCAGGUGGUGCAUUGGGACCGCCAGCCUCCCGGGGUGCCACACGACCGCGCCGACCGCUUGCUGGAUCUCUACGCGUCUGGCGAGCGCCGUGCCUACGCGCCUCCUUUCCUGCGGGACCGCGUGGCCGUGGCGGCCGACGCCUUCGCACGCGGCGACUUCUCGCUGCGCAUCGACCCGCUGGAGCCGGCCGACCAGGGCACUUAUUCAUGCCACCUGCACCACCAUUACUGCGGUCUGCAUGAGCGCCGCAUCUUCCAUCUCAGCGUCCAGCCACCCGCCGCCCCGCCACCCCCGCAGGCCUCUCCUGGCAAUGGCUCUAGCCGCAGCGGCGCCCCCGGCCCAGACCCCACCCUGGAGCGUGGCCACAGCGUCAUUAAUGUCAUCGUCCCAGAGGGCCGGGCCCACUUCUUCCAGCAGCUGGGUUACGUGCUGGCCACGCUGCUGCUCUUCAUCCUGCUGCUCAUCGCUGUCAUCCUUGCCACCCGCCAGCGCAGCAGAGAGGGAUUUGAACACCAUCAGGACAAGAACCUGGGGAAUUCCAAGGGGAUGGAGAUGAGCAUGUCGGAGAUUGCGGUGGUGGCCACAAGGGACUUGCCUCUGCACAGGAGUGAGGAUAUUCAGCUAGAUUACAAAAACAACAUCCUGAAGGAGAGGGCUGGGCUGGUCCACUGCCCUCUACCUGCCAAGAACAUUGACCUGGACAAAGAGUUUCGGAAGGAGUACUGCAAGUAAGGGAGCCUCGGCUCCUGGCUGGGCCUGUGGCUCUGCCAACCCCUGCUUCAUCUCUGAGGACACCUUUCCACCUGGAGCCAGCGGCUGGUCCCGCUGUCCUGAACUUGGCUGGCCUGCCUGCCUGCAGAGCACUCUGGAUCACACCAGCAGUGCUCCCCUUUCAGCAGCCCCAGGUGCUGAAAGUUCACCUGCCUGUCCUGGGACUGUGCUUUGGUUUAUCCUAGCCAAGUAUUCUCUUUCCCUGGCCCCAGGACUACAGGUUCACUGAUGCUCCCUGAGUGGGGAGGGGAAGGCAGAGGGGAGGGCCCCCUGGGAGGCCCCCCAUCCGCCCCCUCUCUGCUGCCCAGUCCGCCACAGUCUUAACAAACAUCCUGCACAGUCACUGGGCUCCAUGUGAUUUCUGACGCUGGUCCCCAGUUGAGGCCCCUCCCUGGGCUGGGACCCAGACUCCAGCUUCUGUUUAGCUGAGGACAGGGAAGGGUGACAGUUUCUGGGGUGGCCUUGCUGCUACCCCCUUGCCAACAUUUAUUCCUCCACAGGGGCUUUUACCUUUACAAUAAAGGCCACAUCUGAUUUUUA